CCCCCUGGCUCCGCCAUGUUCCGCAGGGCACGCCUUAGCGUGAAGCCGAAUGUCAGGCCUGGUGUUGGGGCUAGGUGCUCCACUGCCACCAAUUCCCAACGUGGACAGGAGGCUCCCAGGCCGCCGGAACCUGCACCGGCCUGUGACCCGAAGCCAGCGGAGCCCACAGAUAUACCCUCUUUGGAUUUCGGGGGAGCGGAGACCCAAAAAGAGGCUCCCAGAAACAGUAAUGAAAAGACUGAUGGUAAGAAUGAUGCUGAAGAAUCCAGUAAAUCUUCCACUACUGUUUCACAGAGAAGAAAGCGAAUAUCAAGUACUCCUACUGUGGUUAAACUUAGCGUCAGUGUUCCUUCCGUUCCUCAUCCCUUAUCUACAGUUAAUCAAGAAGCUCCACAGCCAAACCCAAGUCCAACAAAAGAGAAAAAGUCAUGCUCAGACAGAUACCGGAUAUAUAAAGCCCAGAAACUCAGAGAAAUGUUAAAAGAAGAAUUAAGAAAAGAGAAGAAACAAUGGAAGAACAAAUAUGCCAUAAAUGAAACUCAGAAGCCAGCAGAUCGUUCAAAAAUGACUAUGAGAGACUUUAUAUAUUACCUGCCAGAUAGCAAUCCAAUGACUUCUUCACUUGAGCAAGAAAAGAAAACUGAAAAAUCAUUGACACCAGUUCAGACAAGAGAGCAAGAAGAUAAGAGUACUCCUGAUGUUGAAGAUAAUGAAGAACUGGAAGAAGAGAUGGAUGAUGGUCCAUUGCUGGUUCCUCGAGUAAAAGUGGCAGAAGAUGGUUCCAUAAUUUUGGAUGAAGAAAGUUUAACUGUAGAAGUUUUAAGGACGAAAGGUCCCUGUGUUGUUGAAGAAAAUGACCCCAUAUUUGAGCGUGGUUCUACAACUACAUAUUCCAGCUUUAGGAAAAACUAUUAUUCUAAACCAUGGUCAAAUAAAGAAACAGAUAUGUUUUUUUUAGCCAUUAGCAUGGUAGGCACUGACUUUUCUAUGAUUGGACAGCUCUUUCCUCACAGAGCAAGGAUAGAAAUUAAGAAUAAAUUUAAACGUGAAGAGAAAACAAAUGGAUGGAGAAUAGACAAAGCAUUCCAGGAAAAGCGUCCUUUUGACUUCGAUUUUUUUGCUCAUUUGCUUCAGAAAGUUCUUGCUGAAGAAGAGAAAAGAAAACAAAAAUCCAUUAAAAAUCAGAGUUUAAAGGAGAAGAAAUCCUCUAAACCACGGAAAAAUGUAAAAGUGACAAACGUUGCCACCGAAGGAGGGAAUGAUAAUCCAGAUGAGUCUGUGAGCGCUGACAUUUCUGACACAGAAGAAUCUCAAAAGGAUGCUCAGACAGUUCAAGAAGAACUGCAAACUCUGACUUUAUCAGGACAGGAUUCAGAACAGAUUGUAUUAGAAUCAGACCUAAAUAGAAAGAAAAAAAAGAAACACCAAGAUGAAGUUGGUAAACAAGAAGUAAAACAUCUUUCAGGAAAUGCCACUGUUCAGCCAGGCCCUUCUAAAGGAGAAAAACAGAAAAAUACAUGUCAGUCUUUAAGGCCUGAAAGAAGUGAAGAUGAAAGCAAUAAGGAACAGGACCUUUCCUGUGCACAGAACAUCAGUGAAGUUGAGGAUUUAUCCUCCAGUGACAAAGUUAUGGAAAUAACUGACCCCAUUCUUUCAUCAAGUCAACAAGAUGCCAUAUCAGUAGCAACUGAGACUUCAGAAUCAAGCACUUCAGAUUUUUGUUCAUCAGAAGUUGGAAUUAGAGCCUUGUGUGAGGUGAAUAAUGCUGAGAGUAGCUGUACAGAAGAAAUAAAUGUUGAAUUAAAAAAUAUAUCAUUGGAAACUGAUCAAACAGAAAAUGUUAAACCAAUGGUGAGAGGACGACUCCAGAGACCUAAACCCAAUUUAUCAAGGGCUGUUGGGAAGAAAUCAGUUCUCUCACAAGGUAAAACAGAUGCAAAGAGCAAGAGUUUACAUCCAGAAACUUCAGUUGAAAAGACUCUCAUGGAAAAGGAUAAAACGAAUUCAUAUGACAUUUCCGGAAUGGAGAAUACAGAGAGAGAGAACUCAGAAGCUGAUACUGUAUCUAAUUUGUGUGAAAAAACGAAUCUGCAGGAAGAUGAUCAACCAAAGGCUUUCAGACCUGCACGACUAAUGAGGGGCCGAUUGCAAAGGCCAAAGCCAAACGUAGGUAAAGCUGCUGAAAGAAAAGAAAUCCUUGCAUCACAGGAAGAAAUAGGGGCCAAUGUAGAAAAGAAUGAAAAUGAAUCCUGUUUUGAUACACAUAUUCCUGAACAAAUAGAAGAUCAAUCAUGUAAAAAUUUUGAGAGUGAAGAUGCCACAUCACAAUCUGAAAUAAAAGAUACUUCUUUUCAAAAUGUGCAAGCAGAUGAACCCAAGUCUCUUAGUGAAUGUCUAAGUAUUCAAGAAGAUAAUAAAGCAAAUACACUUAAACAAGUUCCAGUUCUAAAGAAGCGAUUUCAGAAACCAAAGCCAAAUAUAGGACGAAGAAUGGGAAGAAGAGACAUUUUCUCAAAGGAAGAGGUAUCAGAGGAGGUUGUUUCUGGGAAAAAAACAGCAACAAGACUAGAAAUGUCACCAAGGGAGAAGGUACCAGUGGAGGCUAACAUUACUAAGGAAAUGGAGUCAGAGUUAAAAGAAACGGGAAGAAGAGACAUCUCUUCCAGGGAGAACAUACCAGAAAUGAUUGACAUCACUAUGGAAAUGGAGACAGGUUUGAAAGAAACUGGAAAAGAGAUUUCUCCAAGGAAGAAGAUUCCAGAGGUGACUGGUGCCACGGAGGAAAGAGAGACAGAUUUGGGAAAAACGGAAAGAAGUGAAAUAAUCUUACGGGAAAGUGCCCUAGAGGAUGCCAGCACUGUAGGAGCAGUGGAGACAGGUUUGGAAGAAACUGGAAGGGAGAUUUCUCCAAGGGAGAAGGUACCAGAGGUGACUAAUGCCAUCGAGGAAAUAGAGAUAGAUUUGGAAGAAACUGACAGAAGAGAAAUACCCACACAUGAACAGGCCCCAGAGGUCAGAACUAUAGGUGAAGUAGAGACAGGUUUGAAAGAACUUGGAAGAGAGGUUUCCCCAGAGGAAGAGAUACCAGAGGUGACUGGUGCCACUGAGGAAACAGAGACAGAUUUGGGAGAAACUGGGAGAAGUGAAAUAUUCUUACAGGAAAGUACCCCAGAGGAGGUCAACACUGUAGGGGAAGUGGAGACAGGUUUGGAAGAAACUGGAAGGGAGAUUUCUCCAAGGGAGAAGGUACCAGAGGUGACUGGUGCCACUGAGGGAAGAGAAAUAGAUUUGGAAGAAACUGAAAAAAGAGAAAUAUUCACACAAGAAAAAGUCCUAGAGGUCAGAACUAUAGGUGAAGUGGACACAAAUUUGAAAGAAAUUUUCUCAAGGGAAAAGGUACUAGCAGGGAUCAGUGCUAUAGAGGAAAAGGAGAUUCAUUUGAAAGAAACUGGAAAAAGGGACAUUUCCCAGAUGGAAAUGGUAUCAGGAAAGAUGGCUGCCAUUAAGGUAACAGAGGCAGAUUUGAAACAAACUGGAAGAAAAAUUUCCUUGGGGCAAAGUGGAUCAGAAGAGAUCAGUGCUGUGGAGGGAAUGGUGGCAGAUUUGAAAAAAACUGGAAAAAUAGACAUUUCUCUAAGGGAAAAUGAACCAGAGGAGACUGGGACCUCACUACAAACUGAGACAGAAUUAAUGCAGAGCGGAAGUGCUGACUGCAGUGCUGUGCCUUCAGUGAAUGUCAAAAACAUUAGCAGUGAAAUAUUAUCCAUGGUGCAUACAUCUGUAGAAGAAGCAAUACAUUCUGAAAAGGAAGUGUCAAGUCAGUUGAGUCAUUGGAAGACUUCUUCGCAGACUUCUGAACUCGAUAAAACAGAAGACCAGGGGACGAGAUCUGCAGGUGUCCCAGAGCAGUUUUCAGAUAUUAAUUUAAGCAAAUCUCUUCCUCAAGAACAGAAGCCAUUUAAGCCAGCACCUUUUAUGAGAAGUCGAUUCAAAAGACCCAAACCAAAUUUAUCAAGAGCAGCUUUAAAAAGAGAGAUUAUGGCAGCAGAAAAACAUGUACCUGGGAAGAGAUUGGAAACAGAUGAAAUAGAGACUGGUGUGGUACAACAUGAUGGUGAACAAAUGAACACUCUCCCUUCUCAACAAGAUGCAUCUUCUCUAAUGACAUUAAGAGAAAAAGACAAAUUAAGUCACAUACAGGAGGAGGCUGGGAUAUUACCGUGUGUACUGACAGAAAAGAACCUUUCACCUUCAAGUUCUGAACCUAAAGAGGCCUCUCAGUCUACACAAGGCCAGGAAAAGGAAUUACUUGUUUCUAUGGGGACUUAUAAUAUAAACACUUUUCAAGAAGAAAUGAAGGAAAGUGUUAUCCAAACUACUCGACCAAUAAGGGGCCGACUUCAGAAACCCAGACCAAACAUAAAAAAGGCUGGACAGAGGCAAAUGGUAGAAAAAGGUGAAGCCAAAGGCUUAGUAAAAGAAGAAAGAGUAAUACUACAAAAAAAUGAAACUGAAAAGAAAUUCCUGACUGUGCCAAAUUCUCAAAUUGGAACUGAAAUUGAAGUUGUAUCCUCCAAAGUUUCUGAAGGAAGAACAUAUGAAAAUCAGAGCCAUGUGGCUCUUGUAGAAAAUCUUCAUGUUAACAAAAUUAAUGUUUUAGAUAAAAAGAUGAGACAUGAACAUAAAACGUAUGUUUCUAGUCCAGCACCAUUGAUAAGAAGGCAGUUCCAAAAGGCUAAGCCAAAUUUGGGAAGAGCACAUGAUAAGAAAGAAGAACUAGGUAUAGAAAAAGACAGAGCAGAGCCGAGUGAGGCAAGGAAGCCAGAAGAUAAUUUGCUGCAGCAAGGAAAUUCUGACACCCAGCUCCUUCAAAAAGAAAAAGCUGAGCUUCUGACAUCUCUGGAGGUUUCAACAAGAAAAGAUAGUGUAGGUUCUAAAGAGGCUGGUUUGGCCAAGAAAGAUGCUCAAUCAGAAGUUGGACCAUCAGGAAAUAUUGAACAGAAAACUGUAGGGGAUAAUUCUGUGUCUUCAGUUGUUGAAGAGCGGCAUCUCAGUAAACCAGCCAGCCAUUCACAACUGUUAAAAGAAUCAAAUUACUCUAAAAGUGCUCUAAAUCGAAGAACUACUAUCUCUUCUGCCUCUGGAUGCGAAAUAGAUAAUAGUGAAAGGAGAAUGCGUCGAAAGAUCAAACCAAAUGUCAAUAAAGGGCGUGGAUCAAAACGAAUUCGGAGUAAGACUUCUAAGAAGGAACCGAGAGCUUCCAAGGCCAUGCUGGUGACUCUUCGAGCAUCCCAGGAAGAGGAUGAAGAUGAUGUUGAAGAUUUUGAAUCUGCCUAUGAAGAAGAAAGCUAUCAUCUUGCUCCAGAAGAAAUAAACAAAGCUCCAGUGUUUGUACCUGUUGGUCUCAGAUCUCCUGAACCUGUUUCUGCUCAGAUUGAGGAAACGAUGGAAGAGCUUGAAAUAACCGUGAAUGUCCCAGAUAUUGGAUUCAUAACUGUUGAUGAACAUCAUCUCUCAAACACAGAUGUGACCACUCAGGAAAUGCAACAAGAAGAAAAUGUGAAUGUAUUAUCAGUUGAAAUGACCACAGGUGAACAUACCCAAGAUGAAACAGAUACCAAUGAUGGAAGCACUGAAGCUGCCAUAACUUUACUUACAAUGGGAGAUCUAGUGUUGCAGUCAGAGAUCAGUACAGAGCAGAGUGAUGGAGUGUGUGUUCUCCCUGGUGUUCAUUCAAAGGAUAAAGGCCAUAUUCCUUUUAGCCCAGAUAAUGUCAGUGACAAAAUUGUUCAUGAAUGUCAGGAGCUUUCUUCACCUGUCAGUAGGAUACCUCUUUCAUCAUUAGAGGAAAACAAGAUUGUAUUGGAGGAACAAAGUACUAAAGAAGAAAUUGGUUUAACGGAGAAAGUAAAGGAAACCACUAUAUCAACCAGAAAUACAACUUCUGAAGUGACCAAUAAUUUGAGAAUAAGAAGUAGAUUUGCCAAGCCUAAGCCAAAUCAUAAAAAGAUUUUAGGGACCAACAGAUUUGGUGCUCAUCAGGAAGUUCCCAGUUUGUUUGUAACCAAAGGAGAAGAAGUGGAAUUUCAGAGAGAAAUGGAGAAAAAUACUUCUAAAGCAACAGGAUUAGAAGAUAAAAAUCUUGAAUCGGUUACAACAGCAGAGAAUAAGGAGCAGAGCAGAUUGGCACAUGUACAUGGUAUUGAAGAGACCAGUAUUUUGCAGGAAGCAAGCCUAACUGAAAGAAAGGAAGACCAAGAGCAGGGAUCUCAAGAAGUUCAGAUAUUGUCAUUUGCUCCAAUUGUUUCCUCUGGGACAAACUCCCACCCACUUGGUUUGGGUAGGGGUCUUAGUGAGAGUUCUUUUGGAGAGCCCCUGAGAAAGGACUCGAAUGGAGACAAUAUGCUUACACUUUAUGUGCCAGAGUGUACACCAGCUAGUAUUCCAGAAGUCCAACAAGAGAAUGUAAUAAAUCCUCAAGAUUUAACAGUGAAUCUAGUUGCUAAUGUACAUCAUGGUGGUGAGGAUGAACAAGCAUUCAUUUUAACUCUGGUGGAAAUUCCAACCAAUGCAGUAGAAGAAUUUACUGAUACUGCUACACAGUUAAUGCCAAACCCUUUACUGCCAGCACCCAUAUUGGUCAGAUCAGUGACUGCAGAAGAAAAGGGUGACAUGAGUAUGAAUUUUCCAGUAACUUCAUUUGGUCAGGAUGCCAUGUGUUUAUCUAAUUCUGGAAGUGAUGAUUCUGAAAAAGCUCCUGCUAAUUUGGAUCUUAUGUCUAGGAAGAGAUUUCACUGUAGGCCUGAUGAAAGUGACCAUGUUCCUCCUGCCAAAAAAUGUUCACUCACUUCCAGAGAUGAUUCUCAAAAAUAUGCCUCUGAGGUGUGUUCAAAGGAAUUAAUAAAUGUUUUUGAGGAAACAGGGAAGUCUUACAAGGGACAAGAUAUCUUCCCUACUUCAGAAAUCACAUAUAUAACUCCAGAACCUCAGAAACAGCAACUUGAACCAACUUUUCUGAGUGCAGGAUCUAGACCUCUUGAUAAAAUAAUAGAUACACAUACUGAAAGGAAUACACCUCAGUUAACUCAGGAUAAGGCAAUUGUCUCUGAUAAGGAAGAAGGAACUUGUGCAACUUCUAAGCCUGAACACGUGGAUAGCAUCACAUCAUCUUCAAAAACCCCACUGUCAAGACCUGGCAGAAGACCCCUGGGAUUUUUGUCUUUAAUAUGUUCAAAGAAUAGUUUGGAGUCUGAUGAACCUACUCAGGUUCAUAGAAAGAAACGCCUAAAACCUCUUAUACCUGUGUCAAGACAGAAUUUGAAAAGGUCUGAUCCUCUCAGAGAAAGCCAGAAAAAAAUUCAAGAGUCCUCUGAUCUGCUUCCAUCUCCAAGUGUUGUUGAUACUCAAUCUGAGAAUAUUGACAGUUCAGCAGCUCAGGUUUCUUGUGAUCGUUCCUUACUGAAAGAAGAAUGUAAAAGUGUCCAAAAACAGACACUUGAAGAAGAACCAACCACAGUCUCUGAAUAUUUCUUUAGUGAUAUCUUUAUUGAAGUGGAUAAAACAGAAUGAAAGUUUUGUUUUUUAAGUCUAGAAUUUUCAGAGUCAAUUAUGUCAA